AGAACACGACAUCUUGUAUGUCAUGCCUGGCUUAAUCCUUGAGGAGGCCCACGCCCUGCAGAUAGUCUCUCAACGCCCGCACCCUAACAUCAUCGGAUACCACGGCUGCCGCGUCCGACGGGGCCGUAUCACGGGACUCGUCUUUGAUCGGUACGAGAACGAUCUGAAUCACUACCUCAAGGACGGCAUCGGGACCAUCGACAAGGAGGCCUUCAUGGCAGCCCUGGAAUCGGCAGUCCAUCACCUCCAUUCGCUCGGCAUGGCUCACAACGAUAUCAACCCCGCGAACAUCAUGGUCGGCGAGGGUGGUGUGCCGGUGCUGGUCGACUUUGGUUCCUGCCGCGAGGUCGGUCAUAAGAUGACGACCAGCAGGGGUACCCCUGGGUGGGUGGACGAGGAGGAUGACUACACCACGUCGGAGGAGCGCCAUGAUGUCUUUGCACUUGGCAAGAUUCGUACUUGGUUAGGCAACCCGGUAUUCGACUGUUAGAUUGGGGGUCUGUGUACCUAGAGGGAAUUACCUUGCUGAGCUGGGUUGACUUGUUAAGGUCAGAUCGCCAGACAAGCUGGUGCCGAGGGUGCAGACCUCUAUACUAUCUCCUUUUCACGAUGG